AAAGCUAGCCAUAGCCAUGGCGGCAAGGCAGGAUGGAGGGAGGACGGUCCUGGCUUCCGACGAAAGAACGCCUCUUUUACACAACAGAAGAUGCAGACAAGAGAGUAUUGGUAUUGACAACUCAAUCCAGUUUGAUCCCGAGGAACCAGAUUAUGAUUCUGUCAUCUACUCCCCAGAAGGGUCACCCGAAAAGGAAAGUCCACAAGAGAAGGUUACAGAGGAUACAGCCAAGCUGCUGUCAGCAAAAUAUGAGGGGCUUGACUAUGACCUGGUUGAAAACAGCCUCUUUGUCAAGGAAGCAGCAGCAAACAAUAAGAAACUCAUACGUAUCAACAUCAACCGCUGGGUGGUGAUGCUGAUGAUCGGCAUCCUGACAGCACUGGUGGGAGUUCUGAUUGACAUCAUGGUGCAUCAACUGGCUGGACUCAAGUAUAGUCUGCUCAAGUCAUGGAUUGACAGUUGUGUGGAGAAAGGUUGCCUUUCCAUCCCCUUUGCAUUGUGGGUCGCCAUAGAUGCCCUGUUUGUUUGCUUUGCAGCAAUUCUCGUGGCUUAUGGCGAGCCUGUUGCAGCUGGCAGUGGGAUACCACAGAUCAAGUGCUAUCUGAAUGGAGUCAAGGUCCCACAUGUAGUCAGGAUUAAGACACUCAUCAGUAAAGUGCUGGGUGUUGUCUUCUCUGUUGCGGGAGGACUCGCAGUUGGAAAGGAAGGUCCCAUGAUCCACUCUGGAGCAGUGAUAGCUGCUGGGGUCUCCCAGGGGAUGUCAACAUCGUUCAAGAAAGACUUCAAGAUUUUCAGAUACUUUAGAACAGACACAGAGAAGCGAGACUUUGUAUCAGGUGGGGCAGCAGCAGGAGUGUCUGCAGCUUUUGGUGCUCCAGUUGGUGGAGUCUUGUUCAGUUUGGAGGAGGGGGCCAGCUUCUGGAACCAGGCUUUAACAUGGAGAAUUUUCUUCUGUUCUGUGACAACACUCUUCACCUUGAACAUCGUGCUGAGUAUAUAUUUCGGUCGACCGGGUGAAUUGGCCUAUCCUGGACUGCUCAACUUUGGCAGGUUUACGGGAGUGAGUUACUUCUGGUACGAGAUCCCCCUGUUUCUCCUGAUGGGUGUUGCAGGUGGUUUGUUUGGGGCUCUCUUCAACUUUGUCAACCACAAGAUCUGCAUCUUCAGAAUGAAGUAUGUGUACAAGCCCUUCAUGCAGGUUGUGGAGGCAAUGAUGGUUGCCAUAGUAACAGCCACGCUGGCUUUUGUUUCAAUUUACAUCUCUCGAGACUGCAAACCUCUCGGUCAGGACGAAUCAGAGAAGCCACUUCAGUUUUUCUGCAGUGAUGGUGAAUACAGCACAAUGGCAACCAUGAUGUUCCAGACUCCAGAGCAGAGUGUCAAGAGUCUCUUCCAUGACCCUCCCAAUUCCUACAACAUUGUCACCCUGAGUGUGUUCUGUGUCAUCUACUUCAUCCUGGCCUGCUGGACGUACGGACUGAGCGUGCCCAGUGGCCUGUUCAUCCCCAGUCUGCUGUGUGGUGCGGGGUGGGGACGGCUGUUUGGUAUCGGUGUCAGCCAUCUGUUACCCACCAUCGCAUGGUCAGAGCCUGGGAUAUAUGCACUCAUGGGAGCAGCUGCUCAAUUAGGUGGCAUUGUGCGUAUGACCAUCAGCCUGACUGUAAUUCUGAUGGAGGCGACCGGGAAUGUGUCGUACGGCCUCCCUCUCAUGCUGGUCCUGCUGAUAGCCAAGUGGGUAGGAGAUAUUUUCAAUGAGGGUCUGUAUGAUAUCCACAUCCGGCUGAUGAGUGUGCCCAUCCUAGGGUGGGAGCCUCCAGCCACCUCUACAACCAUCUCAGCAAGACAGGUGAUGAGCCAUCCUGUGACGACCCUGCAGCAGGUGGAGAAGGUGGGGAGGAUUGUGGAGGCUCUGAAGGAGCCACAUUCCAACCAUAACGGCUUCCCUGUGGUGGAUGUACCUGAUGAGACGGAUCUGGUGACGUCAGGGCGGUUCCGUGGGCUCAUCCUCAGGUCUCACCUGCUGGUCCUCAUCAAGAGGAAGAUGUUUCUGGAAAGAAGCCAGACUGGUGCCAUCAGGAAAAACCUUCAGAUGAAGGACUUCAGAGAAGCCUACCCAAGGUUCCCAUCCAUUCAUGAAAUCAACAUCUCACCAGAAGAAAUGGAGUGCUCUAUUGACCUUCGCCCUUAUAUGAACCCAGCUCCCUACACAGUGUCUGAGGAUGCAUCUUUGCACAGAGUCUUCCGUCUGUUCCGGGCCCUUGGAUUGAGACAUCUGGUUGUAGUCAACAAAGAUAAUCUGGUGAUGGGGAUAGUGACCAGGAAGGAUCUGGCCAGGUAUAGAUUGGUCAGCCUCAGGUCUUUGGACCUGGAGGAGCUGCAGAUGUCGCACUAAUUGUAAGGGGGCGCUGCUCACCACAGCCUGACGGAUUGUACCCCCACUGAAAUUUUUCGGACCUUCUGCCACGUUAAGGGUUUCCGAAGGGUGGCACAAGUUUGUUACCUCAGCAUAGUUGAAAGGAUACUCUGGAAGUUUCCUUCUCCACACAAAAUGUUUUGUACUGUGUGUGACAGGUCUGAAUGAGUAGCUUUGUGUAUCAAACAUCGAUCAUUAGGGAACAUGGGCAAGAUGCCAUUGUUGAAUGCUAUUUUCAAACUAUGUUCACCUUUAUGUUCACCUUUAAAGUAUUUAUUUUUUCUAUGCAAAAACUCUGGUAUACAUAUUGAAUUUAUCUAAUAUUGUUCUUGCAUAUGCAUUGAAAAGUAGUGAGUCUGAUGCAGUUGAUAUUUUCUAUAGGUUUGAAUUAUCUUCUGUUAGUUUUGAAUUAUUUUGUGAAUAUUGAGAUAAUUUCUCAGUCAUGAUUUCUUUUUUUUCUUUGUUUUUCUGUCUAUUUUGUUGUCGG